UAGCUUAUCUCCCCUUAGUAUUUUGCAUAACAAACUGAUUCCGGGUCAGAGUACCAUAAUGGCGACAACCGUGGAUAAAGCAGCCGGCAUGAGCAACAUGCUAAAAUUUAUGAAACUUAUCGGACAGCUCAAAAGAGUCCCACGAACCGGUUGGGUUUACAGGAAUGUGAAGAAACCAGAAAGUGUGUCAGACCACAUGUACCGCAUGGCCAUGAUGUCUCUGACCAUCACUGACCCCACAGUGGACAAAGACAGAUGUAUAAAGCUUGCUUUGGUUCAUGACAUGGCAGAAUGCAUUGUGGGAGAUAUCGCACCAUCAGACAACAUCAGCAAAGAGGAGAAACACAGACGAGAAGAGGAAGCAAUGAGACAUCUGUCAGGUCUCCUGCCUGAGGGACUCAAACAGGAGAUUUAUGGACUGUGGGAGGAAUAUGAGACCCAGAACAGUCCUGAGGCGAGGUUGGUGAAACAGUUUGACCUUCUGGAGAUGAUCCUGCAGGCUCACGAGUAUGAGGAGCUGGAGGAAACACCGGGGAGACUGCAGGAGUUCUUUGACUCCACAAACGGUCGUUUCCAUCACCCAGAUGUGCUCCAGCUUCUUAGCUCUUUAAACGAGGACAGGCAAUGUCACAUGAAUAAAUCACAUGAUGCAAAGAUUUCAUCAUCAUCUUCGUCAGCCUCUUCACAGCCAAGUAAAACAUCAUCAUCCUGAUGAAGGAAACACACCCUCACUCUCAAAGCUCAGAACUUUUGUGUGAACAGGCAUGCAGGACAGGUGAUCGGACACACCCUCUUUCUGAGGCACUUUAUUCAGAAGAGGAAGGUACUUAGAUAUUUAAUGCAGCUAUUUUUGCUAAUCAUUUCUUUGAUUUUACCUCAAUGCUCCUGUCCAGAGUCUGUGUAUAGACAUGUUUUAAUAAAGACUUUGACCUUGA